CGUGCGUGUGGACCUCGCAACAAAAAAGUGCAGUGCUCCGCGAAGAAAGGUGAAAUUGUGAUAAUUUUUGCUCCGUUUCUUGCGUAUCAGCAUCGCGGAGUUGCACAUGUCGAUCGGUGUGAAUAUUCGCGUGACGGGCCACACGUCCGUCGGGGGGCGCAAGUAUCAGGAAGACUUUUUCUCCGUCGCCUACCAGCAGACGGAAAAUGAUCAAAAUCUGGAGUACGCGUUCUUCGGAAUCUACGACGGGCAUGGCGGUGCGGAAGCGUCGCUGUUCGCUAAGGAGCACUUGAUGAACACGAUCGUCAGCCAGAAGCUGUUUUGGUCCGAGAACGAUACGGAUGUGUUGAAAUCGAUCCGUGAAGGCUACAUCCAGACACACCAUGCGAUGUGGCGCGAGCAAGAUAAAUGGCCCAAGACGUCGUCCGGAUUGCCAAGUACGGCGGGCACGACGGCAAGCAUCGCGUUUAUACGGCGCGGCAAGAUCUACAUUGGCCAUGUCGGCGAUUCGGGGAUCGUGCUCGGAUACCAGCGUGAUCGUGAUCCAGCGAACGAUGGAAGUGCUCCCCACGAGGAUCCCCAGGGUUGCCGCUGGGUGGCCACACCACUCACCAAGGAUCACAAACCGGAGAGUUACGCCGAAAAGAUGCGUAUCAUGAGCUGCGGUGGCAAAGUGGUGGCCAAAUCGGGUGUCCCGCGCGUCGUUUGGAACCGGCCACGCAUCGGUCAUAAGGGGCCAGUACGGCGCAGUACACCGUUCGAUGAAAUCCCAUUCUUGGCCGUCGCCCGAAGUCUCGGUGAUCUGUGGAGUUACAACUCGGCCGUCAACAAGUUCAUCGUGAGUCCCGUACCGGAUGUGUCGGUGAUAAAGAUUGAUCCAAAGCGAUUCCGAUGUCUAAUCUUCGGCACCGAUGGACUGUGGAACGUGCUAACACCGAAGAACGCCGUCGAGCUGGUGCGAAACGCCGAGAUGGAAAACGUUCGCAUUGCUCUGGAGGGACGGAAUGAGUGGAAAAAUCCCAGCAAACUGUUGGUCAACGAAGCACUCGAUCGAUGGAGCCGCAGCAACAUGAAGGCGGACAAUACCUCUGUCGUGAUCAUAAUGCUGGAUCCGCCGGGUCCACCAAAGCGAGAUGUGCUGCGAUCUGUUAAGGACACGAUUCAACGCACGCCCGAGUAUCGGGCUCCUAGUGAGUCCGGAGCAACUUGCAGCAGCAACAUGUACGAACUGUUUGACUGCAUCACACGAGGAGGCGCAUUACCAUCGAUGCCGAACGAGCGCAAUUAUCAUCAACAUCAUCAUCCGGUGCCAGACUAUCAGCCACCGGUGGUGCAUCAGUACGCUCCCACCGGCAAUUCAUUGUAUUCCCAUGAUGAGCAUCAGCAGGACGAACACCAUCAACAUCAACAUCAACACCAACAGCUACAGCAGAUCGAAACCGACGAUCAAUACUGUCCGACGGAAACCUCAUCUACCUCGUACCACGAUCUAUCGUACUCGUCGGAUAGCUUCGCCGAAUCGUACAACUCGCUGCUGGAUCGCAGCUUCGAAAACACGGACCACUCGUACACCAACAGCAUGUACGCUCCGACAACGCCCGAAGGCGUCGAGGCAGACGAGCAUCAUCAACCGGACGAUGAGGAAGAUGAUACGUUGGGUGAUAGUGAUGAUAGUGAACGGCACGAUGACGACCACCGUUCGGAUCCCAGCUACUCACUGACCAACUUACAGACCAAAUCGGAACGUUUGCGAGCAGAAAUGGUCGAAUCAUCGCACGAUCCCUACUAUCACGGGCAACACUACGCUGGAGGUUACUGUGGAGGGAAUGUGGCCAUAAUAGAGGAUUUCCACAACUACACGCACCAUCAGUAUACGAGUGACGAGGAACGGCCAGCGUCUGCGAACGUCGGCUUAAGCCACGGAUACGAUCAUGGAGCAUCGUACCAUCAUCACCAUCAUCACCACCACGACCACCAUACGCCAUCGGUCGGCUACCACGGUGUGCACGGAGGACAUCAGCACUCACCAGCGUCCUACCAGAUGGAGCGUUAUGACUAUCGGCUUAACAACAGUGCUCUCGCGGUACCCUGUGAACCAUCUUGCUCUACUUCUCCGCCAAAAACGCUCCCACGUAUGAACCACGAGUAUCCGAGCUACGAAGCGUACGAUGAGCUAUCGAGUCCGCUCCAUGUAAGUGCCGACGGUGAUGGCGAUGGCGUUACUGGAUCGGAUCCGGAAUUGGAAGAGUCUCCACCUUCUUCGCCCGAACCGGAGGUACAGAUUAAUGAAAUCUCUUCCUCGUACGUGUUGGUCGAUCAUGCAAGCCUCUCACCAUCAAGCGUUUCCGGAGCUAGUGGCGAUGAGGAGAACAAGGCAUCCUCCACUACCAGCAAAGCGGCUACAACGCGUGCCAUCAUGAAUCGUAUUAUUAAAUCGCGCGCCAAGAAACAGCAGCGCUCGUCAAGCGGUGGUGCCGCGACCGAUCGUGUGUUGACGAUCUUCUACGAAACACGCAGCAACAGCCAGCGGAAGGUACGAAAGCGUAGUGCUGCUGAGGCUGGAACGCCGUUACCGCUCACACCACGUACACGGUUACAUUCCAAGCGCCUCAAAACGGUCAUCACUCCAUCACCGGUGCGAUCCUCGAUGGUACCUAAUGGCGAAGCACUGAUCGAGGGGCGGCGAGCGCUUCGGUCCAACAACGAGAAGCAGGAAUAUCGCAGGAGUGGCACAGGACAACAACUUUCGCCGUUAUUACCAUCGUUGCACCAUGGUUACAGCGUUAGCUCUACGACGCACGAACAUGAGCAUUUGGCGCUCAGGUUGAGACAGAUGGUUCGUUCCGGUCGUGUUGGUGCUGCUACAAGCCAAAGGAUAUUGCCGACCAAAGGUGUGGUAUCGCCGGUGAAGGCUCGAUCAUCGAACAGGUUGUCAUCUGCCCUGUCCACCGCUCACCGUCGGCGUCGCUGUACGCAGUAGCGGUCAGUGUGUUGAAGUGUUGAACCAAAACCAGUAGGACCAAUGAACUACCAUACGGAGACAGUGUUUGGUGUGGGACACCGUUACACCCCCCCACAAAACGCCGUGAACCGAGAAGUAGCAGAAGAAGGGCUGUGAUCAAACUCUGCUUCAUCAACCCGCAUCUUCAUCCAACCCUCGUUGUUGCUGUUGUUGUUCGAAGUUCGCGUUGCAUUCUACUUGCCUCAUUUACUACUCGCUUUAUUUUUUCUAUUUUUUUAGCCGUUUUCGAUUAAUGGAACCAAUGCAUCAUUUCGAAUUGUUUCAUAAAUGAAUCAUUAGAUUAAACAUUUCAAUUUGCAAUGUUCAGUUUUGCCACCACGCGUCACCAUCGUUUUUUCUUAGUUUAAUAAAUAUUUUAUUAGCACAAUUUGUUCACUACGGUUUAGCAGCUUUGGCGAGGUUAUCGGGAUUGUAUUGUAUUUUGUUUUGUUUUUUUUUUUGUUUUUUUUACAUUCAUGUAUUGUGUGUGUGUUUAGAUAGCCAAACGGAUGAAUUGCUUAGUGUGUUUUACAUUUUCAGACUCGUUCUGUAUUAGUUUAAUAAGUAAGUGUUGUAAUGAACAAGAAAACUACGGUUAAGAUACAAAAGCAUUGCACCUCUGUACCAGUAGCUGGCGUACAAAGGAGAAAUAGUUCAAAGAAGCAGCAAGGACCUGGUAGCAUCAAAUAUUAAUCAUUUCUCCUAAUGAGGUCCACUUCGGUCUCAAAGUGUGUAUGCAUGUAGUGUGUGUAGUGCGCGACUUCCCUUAGUUAAUACCAAGUGCCUAGCCCUAUUGCGAAGGCUUUUGCUGGCAGUAUGGACGGUGGAGUGGAUAGUGGGGGCUAGAUGGCAAAUGGGAGAUCGCUAUUCGAGUGACGAAGAAUCUAGAUCAGCAACAUUCUCCACCAACCACUACCGGGCCAGUAUGCAGCCGAUGCCGCGUGAUUUUAGGAAGCUCCAAUAGUAUAAAUCUCUAGAUAGUGAAAUGGUAGAUUGCCCUCCCACAUCCCAUGAUCGGUUCCGCGAUGGUUUUAAACGCUCUCGCUGACGGAUUGUGACUGGAGUGUUUUCGUAAACCUGUUUGUGCAACAUAAGCUGAUAAGCGGCCGAAUGGAGAGAAAGUGUUUUCUUUUUUGUUUCUAUAUUUAUGAUAAGAAAAUAAAUAUUUUCUUCUACAAAAUAACAAGACCCCGAA